AUGGACAGCAGUUCCGUCAGUCUCAAGAAGCUCAAGUUUGGGAAGUUGAAGGUGGUGCGUCGGCACUUGCUGCAGCGGUAUGAACAUCAGCCCUUCGUCUCCUGCCUGGCGGGGCUCUACAGCGGCCGGUGGAAGCGAUAUCAGCGGAGAAGGACUGAGCCAGGACAAUGCUGCUGCAAGAUGUGGGAAUGUGUGUUCUUCCCGUUUCUCGUUGGAGCAUUCUGCCUCUCUUUGGUCUUUCUGUACAUGUGGGGGGAAGCAAAGAAUGACUACAAUAACUUCGACUGGUACAACUAUGGAAACGUAGGCCACUGGUUUCUCUGGUCUGUUCUUCUUCUGAUUCUAGCUGCAGUCUUGUUUACCUACAUCACACUGUUACUGGUUCUAGCAGUGUGUUUGCUAUCAGAAGGUCAGCAGUUGUACCUGCACUGGAGUCACAAGAUUGGAACUUUUUUGGUAUUGGGCUUCUCCAUAGCUGCCAUCAGUGUAUUUUCUAAACUGUGGGGAGUUCGAUGGAAAACCGUCCGCCUGUCAUUUCAGGUCACAGCUCCCUAUCUCCACAUAGGUGCAAUAGCAGUCAUGGUCCUUCUGUCUUGGCCAGUGGCUUUGCAUGCCUUCCGAAUGACUAAAAAAGUGAUUCAGGCAAUAAUUAUUGGUCCAUACCUGGCUAUCCUUGUCCUUCUUUUCUUGAUACCUCUGGGGAUGUACUCUCCCUGCAUCAGAGAGGUGGGGACUCUGGGGCCCAAACCAGCCCUCAUUGGACACAGAGGAGCACCAAUGCUGGCUCCAGAAAACACGGAGAUGUCAUUUCAGAAGACAAUUGAACACGGUGGGGAUGGUCUUGAGACAGACGUCACAAUUAGCUAUGAUGGGAUUCCCUUCCUGAUGCACGACAGCAACUUACAGAGGACAACAAACAUCCGGGAGGUCUUUCCCAGUAACUCCACUCAGAACGCUGCCUUGUUUUCCUGGGAUGCCCUUGAACAGCUGAACGCAGGAAAGUGGUUCCUCAAGGACACACCAUUUUCAUGCAUGGGCUCACUGUCAAGUGCAGAUCAAAAAUUGGCAAUGAAUCAGUCAAUUUACAAGCUAAGUAAUUUCUUGAGACUUGCAGACAGUGCGAAUAAACUUGUGAUAUUUGAUCUCUACCGCCCUCCAGAGAAACAUCCUUACAGGAACACCUGGAUCAAUACAACACUGGAAGUGAUCCGUGACUCAGGGAUUAACCCUCAUCUGGUCCUGUGGCUGGACAACACUAUGAGGUCCUUUGUUCAGUCUGUAGCUCCCGGGUUUCAGCACACCAUGGCCAGUAAGGCCCCAGUUGAUCAGCUAUUGAGAGACAAUGUUGUGAAGCUCAAUCUAGUCUAUUCUGCAAUGUCCAGUGAAGAUAUCCGGAAAUACGCUCAGGCCAACAUCACCACCAACCUCUACGUGAUCAGUGAGCCAUGGCUCUUCUCUCUGGCCUGGUGCGUCGGAGUACACUCUGUGACCACCAAUGCCGUACACUCUCUGAAGGACAUCAACCGACCUCUCUUCCUCAUGACUCCAAAGGAGUACAGAAUAAUGUGGCUUCUCACAGACGCAGUCGCAGCCCUGCUCAUCUCACUCAUAUUUGCUCUGCAUUGGUGGAGAGAGAAGGGCUUCUCCUGUUGUUCAGAUGACAGCGGCGUAGUGCUCGAGAAUGGUACAUACAACAAAUUCCGAACUGAGCUCAAUGAUCUGCCGACUGUCGUGGCCUGA